CAGAGGCGCCAACUCCAGUCCAGACCGCAAGACAUGUGGCUGAGACUUUUUGAAAGCUUCGCUUUGUUUUUAGCAGAGACCGAUCCCCGGUUAGACCAGUGAUCCCCGCGGCUCCACGGAGUGUCGGACUACCAGAGCCGGGAGCAGGAGGAGAGCAGCGCGGCCGCAGCGAGUGGUGAUCGGGGCAGCCUGGGGCUAGACAUGACUGGAGCUGGAAGUGGUGGCCAAGGCCCUCCCGAUGGGUCAGACGCUGAGGAGGCGGAGAAGUGUCCGAUCUGCCUGGGCGUCCUGGCAGGAGGAGAACUUGCCAUGCCCGACAGCUGCUGCCACGUUUUCUGCCUCAGAUGCCUCCUCACGUGGGCCGAGUUGCAGAUGUGUCCCUCCUGCCCAGUGGACAGAAGACCCUUCACUAAUGUUUACAGAUGGGAUGGAAACCUCAGCCUGGUGCAGGUCCCAGUGAGGAAGCAGCUGUCUCAAGCUGAGGUUGAGAGUUGUUGCUGUGGAAACCCUGAAAAACAAAUCUGUGUCAAUAGAAAGUCUGUGAGAAGAUCUAAGCGGCAGAAGACGGAGAGGAAGGCAGACGGCAAGACGAAAGGACUUGUGAGGAAAUGUAACGAUGAGGACCCCUCCUCGCUGAGCAGAAAAAAGGUGAGGGGGGCGGAAUGCUGCGCCUGGUCACCGCCUCCCUGUGUUGCAUUAACCACGUCACCAGUGGAUAUUGCAGAUCCUGUUUGGUUGGCAGCGGAUAUGCCGUGUGAGCCCGAGUUGAAGCAGUGCAGACCCCAGGUGCAGCACUGCCCGUGGCUCUCCCCCGCUGCUCCCAUCCCUGCUGACGGCACAUCAAGGCAACGUUUUCAUGAACCUACUUGGAAUAACAGUCCGCUGCCACUUGAACUCACCUCAUCUCCGUUCCCCUCCAGCUCAUCGUUCAUCCCAAGCCAUUUUGUCUUUCAGGGGGUUGUCGUCUGCGCUGUCACUCGUCCCAAAGGAGGAGAGAAACGAGGUGGUAGAUCAACCUCCAAAGCUCCCGCCAAAGAGCAAGAGUCCCUACCAUCCAGAAGAUCUGGACGCAACAGCAAAAGUCAGGAAGAGGCUCCUCCAUCCGACGCCACGUCGCCACCACAGUCCAGUCCGUCAGACUCCGACUCGGCAGCCAGCCAAUCCACAAAGUCAGGAAAGACCCCUCAGGUGCCGGCCAAGAGGAAGGGGAAGCGGGUAACCAACCGGAAGGCCAGCGGCAAACGGAAAGCUGCCGUAAAGAAAGCCCCGUCUCCCGAAGUGGUGAGCAGCCCGGCGGCGAGCGAGGAGGAGGACGAGGGGGAGGGAGAGGGAGAGGACAACGGCAAGAAGGUGGAGCCGGAAGAGGAACCUCAGCAGGAGGAGCAGCAGCACAGCGACGCUGAGGAAGAGGAGCAGAGCAGGCUCAACUCUGGACCUGGCUCGGUCAACAGCACGGAGGACGACGGCGAUGACGCUCAGGGACAGUCCGGGGAUCAGCAGAAACGGGACGACGGUGGGGAAGAGAGUGGGGACCUUGCCGGCCCGAUGGACUCCCCCCCCGACAGCCCUCUCUCCUGCUCUGACGGUGUCGAGAGCAAAUCAGAGGAAGAGCCAGCGAGUCCACCUCCCCCUGGAGACGAGGAGGAGGAGGACGAGGAGGAGGAGGAGGAGGAGGAGGAGGAGGAGGAGAAGAGGCCGUCCCUGUCCCCGUCUGACUCCUGGAGGGAAGACCCAGCAUCUCCUCCGUCCCCCGAGCAGGACGACCCCAACGUUACCAUGGAGACCAGUACGGAGCCCGGAGACGAUGGCGACGAUCAACCGUCUGACGAGGUGAAAACUGAGGACACAAGCGUGGAAAAACCCGCUUCCCCCGGCGCUGUAGAAUCACUGGAAGACCAAGCUGACCUCGGAGCAAACGCACGCCAGGACGCCGACGUCAAAGUGCCGGGAUCGGAGGAGCAUUCACCAGCGGGCAGUUCUGACGACGGGGCGUCCAAAGAGGACGGAGUCGCAUCCAAAGAUGAUACCGCCGAGUCCCGGAAGGACAACGGCACCGACCCGUUCCAGGACAACACGGACGUUGUCCCCAUGGACUGCAGCUCCCCCAUGAGCGAUCCGGGGGCGGAGUCCCCCCCAGAACGGCCCGGCGAGGGCGCGUCCCGGGCCGCCGCAGAACCUGCCGCCGCAGCAGCAGAACCUCAGGUCGCCGGCGCCGCCGCCACGGAGCAGCAGGAGAGGGAGAGGAGCCAGGAGCGCAAGAACGGGAAGCGGCGCUCGCGCUUCCACUCCCCGACCAGAACAUGGUCCCCCAAGAAAGAGGGCAAGAAGGAGGCGUCCCCGUCCCCGCGCUCGAGGUCCCGGGACCGGGACGGCUCCGGCGGGCCGGCCCCGGGCCGAUCCUCCAGAGCCCGCAGCAAGGAGAGGGACGGGGACCGCGACGGAGACAGGGAUCACUCCAGGAGGGAGCGGAGCCGCGAGAGGAGGAGACGCCACCGGAGCCGCUCCAAGUCCAAGUCCAAGUCCAAGUCCCGGUCCAGGUCCAGGUCUCGCUCCAGAACCAGGUCCCACCGGCGCGGGCCCAGCCCGGAGCGGCGCGGGUCUAGAGAGCGGUCCCGGGAGCGCUCUCCCCAGAGGAAGGAGCGCCGAGGGGGCUGGAGGUCCGGCGGGGGCGGCGGGGGGUCCGGGUUCGAGGGCCGGAGGUUUCAGGGAGGCGGCGGGCGCUUUGAAAACGGCGUGCCCAAGGAGAGUUCUCCAGAACGCCAGGGCUGGUCGGACAACCCCGACUGGGUCACCGAAAAGACUCGGGGGAAGACGGAGAGCAGGAACUCGGACUCCGGAUUCGGCGGGGCCUCGCGCUGGGAGGACCACAAGAGCGGAGGAAACGGAGGAGAGUCGCGGGGCCGGGGCGGCCGCGGGGCGUAUGAACCGAGCCGCGGGGCGGCGUGGGGGGCGGCGAGUCGCAGCUUCUACGGCCAGCAGGACGACGCGGCCGACAGCCGCUGGCCCCGGAGCAACUCAGGUACAGGAGGCAAUUCAGGGACGGACGCCUACAGCCGCUUCAACGAGAACCGCGGGGGCGGCCGGAAGAAGGACAGCGACCCGGGAGACAUGCUGGACCGCUCGGGCUGGUCGUCGGCAUCCAGCUGGGCCGUCAGGAGGACGCUGCCCGCCGACGUCCAGGACUAUUACUCCAAGAGGGAGAGGGGAGGAGCCGGCAGCUGGAACCGGCAGGAGGAGGAGACGCAGCCUGCAGACCCCGCCAAGGGCGAGCUUCCCCCGCAGGCCGUCCCAGGUAACGCGCCUGUGCCCGUGCUGAACAUGAUUCCUCCUCAGCCUCCGCAGAUGAAUGUUCUGCAGCAUCACUUCCCCAUGCAGGCCAUGCAGGGAGCGCUGCCCGUCAGCCUGCAGCCGGCAGCGCCCUAUGCCAUGCCGCCCCCAGUCCCCCUGCACCUCCACCCCUCCGUGCCCCUGCUCCAGGUGCCCGUCGUGGGCGCCCAGGGCCUCCCGCCCCCCCCUCCACCGCCUCCCCCCAUGCAGGCCGGCAGCCAGGCAGCAGCGCAGCCUGACGGCCAGACCACACAGAUGACAAACACUGUUAUGGGUUUGGGGAAGCCCUCCUUUCUGCCCACGCCGACCAAAGCGGGCGUAGCGGCGGCGAGCCAGAGCCAGGCGGCGAGCCAGAGCCAGGCGGCCUCCAGCCAGGCCCUGCCAUCCUCCACCACCCAGCCCGGCCAGCACCACAGGGCCCAGGCCGACAGCUCCAAAAAAGAGAAGAAGGUGCAGAUCCAGGAGCUGGCUGUUAACGAAGUGAAGAACGCCAUCAAACCCUAUUACCAAAAGAAGGAAAUAACAAAGGAGGAGUACAAGGAGAUCGUCCGCAAGGCAGUGGAGAAGGUGUGUCACAGCAAGAGCGGGGAAGUGAACUCUAGUAAAGUAGCCAACCUGGUGAAAGCCUACGUGGACAAAUACAAACACGCCCGCAAGAAAUGAACGUUCGCCCCGCUGCUGGGCGGCGACGCUCCCCCACAAACCUACCCCCCCUCUGCUGCUCAAGUGCAAUUUCCUCCUGCUGGAGUCUGGCCUCCGAGCUGAGAGACGACGGAGAGCCAGCGAUUUUCUUUCUUUUUUUCUUUUUUUUUGAUAUCUACCUUUUAUUGAAUGAAGAUUUUUUUUCUAUAGAUUUUCAUAUUUUGUUAGAAAAAAAAACAAAAAAAACGACCCAACCAGAAAUUGUAAUGCAAGAGCCCUUUAUUUUGCAUAGAACAUGUGACUUGGGAACUACUGUAAAGAGCGCAGCGUAGCAGAUCUUAGCGAGGUGAUCGAUACUGAAGAUGUGGCGCCCGGGGGAACGAUGUCAGCUCCCGCAGCAGAGCGCCUCGCCCAGCGGUGCAGCAUUUCCUCUUUUGUGGCAUCUUGAUUGCAUAGCUUAUUAAUUAAUUAUUAAUUAGUCAAUGUUCCUUUUAAAAAAAAUGCUGAUAAUUCAGAUGAAAACCUUGUUAAAGUGCAUUGCCUUUAUUGAUCUGUUGCCCAGUGAGGCGUUGGAGACUGAUGACUGAUUGUAAUCAGGUCCAGAGUGGGGCGCUCAGUCAACAGUGAGUGUAUCCUUUACGGCCCUGAGGGGGCCCACAACCCCCCCACCACCACCACCACCGCCCCCUCCCUGAAUGUGUCGUAAAUAUCAUUGUGUGUACAUUAAGUGUGCAAAGUUUCCAGAAAGUAAAGAAAUAAAAUAAAAAAACCGAGGUGCUUUCUACUGCGAUAUUUUGUCAGAAAUGGUACCUGACGGAGCUCGCCGGAGUUCCCACCGCCGCAUCCUGAGGACGCACGUCUGGAGCAGCCACAAGAGGGCUAACUGCUAAACAAUCAACUCAUCCGCAACACUUUCUUCUCUGCAUUUAUUUUUGACUUUUUUGUUUCUUGUUUUGGCUUGAAAAUUGUGUAUAAUUCCUCUGAAUGCCUGUUAAUUGUUUUCAGUGAAUUGAGAACUGGUGUUUUCAGUGACGCAGCCCGGUUACGCCUCACAGAGGUCGUGGCUGAUGGAUGUGUUAAGAAAACGCCCUGAAUACACAAACUUAACAAUAAAGAUGAAGGCCUGAAUCCACUCAGAGCUCUAGUGCGAGGGUCCUGGUCUCAUGCAUGUUGGUACUUCACAAGAACAGAGCCACUGUUGAUAUUAAUACAGUAAUAAACCAUAAAGGUGCUGAUUUGUCUUGGAGAUAUGUGUACACACCCAAAACUUCUGAAGUAAGGUUUCAUCAACAAAGUUAUAUCUUGAAACCGUUCAUGGAGGGUUCACAUGGGUGUUGGCAUUUUUUAAAGCAGCAGAAUUGAAUGUUGUGAUUGAACAGACAGAUCAAACUCUGUGAUCUGAAUCAUAUUGCUAGAGUAUCUUCUGUUUUGGAGAUUAAAUGAAAUAUUUUACCUAAACUAGACUUUAAAAGUGGAAUUGAGCCGAUACUCGUCCUCCUGGCCUCAGAAACUGAGUUUAAAGUGGUCACGUCCAAACUUUCUGGUAAUUCGGGUUAAACUGGGUCCAUCCCCCCGUCGGCCACCAGAGGGCGCUGUCGCCAAACCAUUUUACCGCUGCGCUUCCGCUCGGGUCGCAAGAACCUUAAACUAUAUUACACUAUUAAUGCCACACAAUCAUGCAUUUGCAAGGUAUAAGAGGUUACAGUAUAUUUUAUUAAGGACUACAUUAACACCAUGUCAAAGUCAGACUUUUGCUCAGGGGAAAGAAAAAAGUAUUUGUAGUACUCUUAAGCUUAAUGACCUUGUUAAAAUGUAAGGCUGUAAAUGAAUGAUGGAUGAUUAAAGUUUCGAUAUUGUUGGGCUUCAACUACUAUUAACUAAAUAAAGAGAAGUGAGUAAAAA